GGCUCGAGAUAAGGAUUUAAAGCCUCGCCAUUCAUUUCCCUCCUUCCACUUGCACCCUCUAUCUAUCAUCAUCCAUACCCAUUUCGUGUUUCACCAAAAAGACUUCGUUUUCCACUCUCCUUUUUUUUUUCCUCAAAAUUUUCUUUGAUUUUUUUUGGCCUUUUGAAGCUUCCGAGGUGACAGAUGAACUGAUUCUGAAUAUAUAACUCAAGUAUUAAAAUUCAAGCCAACAUGAAUCCUGUAAUACCAUGCUCUAUUGGCAAUGUUUCAAUUAUUCCUGGAUUCACCUAUUCAACAAAGAAGAGUAACACUAUAACAAGACUCAACUUGUCACGGAGCACUGCAAAACCUGGAUCAUCAUCUUGGAGAUUUCUAUUACCUUCAUUUGUUGCCAGUGGAACGUUUCCUCAAAACAAAAGUAUACGUUCUUUUCAUAAGAAGUCUAGAACCUCCAUAUCAGCCACAGAAACAGAUGUAGCAGUGGAGGAAGCAGGUCCACCUGUUGCAGAUGAAGAUUCUGGUGAAAUUUCUUCAAAUGAAAUUGGAAUAAGUGAAGAUUCAUCCUCUAAGUCUGAUGCCAACCCUGAUGCAGCUAAAGCCAAGCGUUCAAGACCUGCAAGGAAAAGUGAGAUGCCUCCUGUUAAGAAUGAGGAUUUGAUUCCUGGAGCAAGUUUUACUGGGAAAGUAAAAUCUAUCCAGCCAUUUGGUGCCUUUGUUGAUUUUGGUGCUUUCACAGAUGGCCUUGUUCAUAUUUCAAUGUUGAGUGAUAGCUUUGUUAAAGACGUUGCAAGUGUUGUUUCUAUAGGCCAAGAAGUUAAGGUGAAACUGAUUGAAGUGAAUAAUGAAACUCGGCGCAUUUCUCUCUCUAUGCGUGAAAAUGCUGACACUGGUAAGCAACGAAAAGAUGCACCCAUCAAGACGGAGAAAGCUGGAUCUGGGAAGAGGAGCAAUUCAAAACCCAGUUCAAGGAAAGAUAAUGUGACGAAAAGCACAAAACUUGUCAUAGGGCAGCUACUGGUUGGUUCAGUGAAGAAUCUGGCUAGGAGUGGUGCUUUUAUAUCUCUUCCUGAAGGGGAGGAAGGAUUUCUGCCUGUAUCCGAGGAACCUGAUGAUGGAUUUGAUAAUGUUAUGGGAAACACUAGGCUGGAGGUUGGUCAAGAAAUUAAUGUGCGUGUUUUGCGUAUCAACAGAGGACAAGUAACAUUGACUAUGAAGACUGAGGAAGAUGCUACAGAUUCGACUACAACAUUUAACCAAGGAGUUGUCCAUACUGCAACAAACCCUUUUGUGUUGGCUUUUCGUAAGAACAAGGAUAUUUCUUCUUUUUUGGAUGAGAGGGAGAAACCUCAGAGUGAAGUUCAAAAACCAUCACCUGGAACAACUUUGGAAGAAAUUAAGGAAACUGUCAAGCAAGGGGAAACUGUACCGGAUGUUCCUGGUGUACAGGGUGAACCAGUAAGCAGCAAGUUGACAGAUGAUGUCCCCCCUGCAGUCAAACAAAAUGCUGAAGGUGAUAUUUCUGCAAUUGAAGAAAAUGUGGGAAUCAGUUCAACGGUUGGCUCCUCAACAGCUAUUAUAGAUACUCCCUUGGAGAAGGAAGAAGAUGCAGUUUCUGGAAGUUUGACUCCUGAAGAGGAUAUACCUACUGUAAAUCCAACAAUUGAGGAAGCUAUUCAGACAGAGGUCACAACAAGCGAUUUGAAAACUGACUCACCUGUUGAAACAGCUACCGAGAAUGUAAUAGAAAGUGGAGUUGAUGUAAUUGUCACGGAAGAUGAGAAACAAUCACAAACUCUUAAUGCAGUGGAAGAAUUUGCUGCUGCAGUACUAACUGAUACUGAUGUAAAAGAAAGUGGAGUUGAUGAAAUUGUCACGGAAGAUGAGAAACAAUCACAAACUCUUAAUGCAGUGGAAGAAUUUGCAGCUGCAGUACUAACUGAUACUGAUGCGGUUGGAGCUAGCCCUGAUGGAAACGGUACUAUUACCGAAUCAGAUACUGCAUCGACUGCCCCAGCUCUGCAAGAAACUGCAGCAGCUGAUGACGUUGGAGCUGUUCCUGAGGUCAACGACGCUGACACUAGUUUGAGUGGUGAGUUGUCUCCUGAGGGAAGCUUGAAUAAAGAUGAAACAGAAGAAAAGGAUCAAGUUCCUUCUCCAGAAAGUUCUGCGACUGAAGUAGUAAAAACUUCCAAUGAUAACCCUGAAGAAGAAUUGCAAAAGCAAACUACUGUCACAGAGAACGAAAAUUCGUUUACCUCACAAGUUGAAGAGAAAGAGAUUGCAGUUGCAUCUGAGGAAAAUAUCAGUUUAUCUAGUUCUGAUGGACAAACUGUUGCUACUUCAGGGGAAGGCUCAAGUAAAGCAACUAUAUCUCCAGCACUUGUGAAGCAACUUCGGGAAGAAACAGGAGCUGGAAUGAUGGACUGCAAGAAAGCUCUAUCAGAGACUGAUGGGGACAUUAUUAAAGCACAAGAGUACCUUAGGAAAAAAGGCUUAUCGAGUGCAGAAAAGAAAGCAAGCAGGGUAACUGCUGAAGGAAGGAUAGGUUCUUACAUCCAUGACAACAGGAUAGGUGUUUUGGUAGAAGUAAACUGUGAGACAGAUUUUGUCUCCAGAGGUGAAAUUUUUAAAGAUCUUGUUGAUGAUAUAGCCAUGCAAGUGGCUGCAUGCCCUCAAAUAGAGUAUCUUGUUACUGAAGACGUUCCUGAGGAAAUCGUUAAGAAAGAAAAAGAGAUAGAAAUGCAGAAAGAAGAUCUUUUGUCAAAACCAGAGCAAAUAAGAUCAAAGAUUGUUGAAGGGAGGAUAAAUAAAAGACUAGAGGAGCUGGCAUUACUUGAGCAGCCCUACAUUAAGAAUGAUAAGGUAGCAGUAAAGGACUUGGUCAAGCAAACUAUUGCUACUAUUGGAGAAAAUAUUAAAGUUAAGAGGUUUGUGCGAUUCAACCUUGGGGAGGGUUUAGAGAAGAAAAGUCAGGAUUUUGCUGCUGAAGUAGCUGCACAAACCGCAGCAAAACCAGCACCAGCACCUGCUGCACCAGCAAACGAGCAACCUGCUGUUGCAGAAGCCAAGGAGACAGAGCCAAAGAAAUCAACAGUAGCAAUCUCAGCCUCAUUAGUUAAGCAAUUGAGGGAAGAAACUGGAGCAGGGAUGAUGGACUGCAAGAAAGCUCUAGCUGAAACUGAAGGGGAUCUUGAAAAGGCCCAAGAAUACCUGAGAAAAAAGGGUCUCUCCUCUGCUGACAAGAAAUCGAGCCGGCUAGCCGCAGAAGGCAGAAUCGGUUCAUACAUUCACGAUUCACGCAUUGGUGUUCUAAUUGAGGUGAACUGCGAAACUGACUUUGUAGGUAGAGGUGAGAAAUUCAAGGAGUUGGUUGAAGAUCUUGCAAUGCAAGUGGUGGCCAGCCCACAGGUGCAGUUUGUAUCCAUUGAAGAAAUUCCAGAGACUGUUGUGAACAAAGAAAAGGAACUUGAAAGGCAGAGAGAGGACCUUCUUUCAAAACCAGAGAACAUCAGAGAAAAAAUUGUUGAGGGAAGGGUCUCUAAGAGGCUAGGGGAGCUUGCACUUUUAGAGCAGCCUUUUAUCAAGGAUGACAGUGUUUUGGUGAAAGACUUGGUGAAGCAAACUGUGGCUGCACUAGGAGAAAACAUCAAAGUGAGGCGAUUUGUUCGGUUUACCCUUGGAGAAACAACUGAAAAGGAAACAGCAGUAGAAGCAUAACUUUAGCAGAAGUUCCAUCAAGCAUGAAUAGUACUGGGGAAUCCACAUGCAUGUUAUAGAAGCAUAUGGAAGAUUAUGGGACAGGGAGGGACCAAUGUUGGAAACAUCAACUUAUUCUUCAUCUUAAUAACCAAAUGUGCAAUCGGCAGGGACUUAUUUUCUAAAUCUGUAUCUACAUUGAGGAUACACGAGGACUAAAUUUUGUGUUAAUUCUCUACAGUUUGUAUGCUGAAAAAUAUUAGUGGAUGCAUUUUUGAGUUACAAGUUCUGUAAGUUUUGAAUUACUGAAUUCAUCAAUUCUUGACUAUUUAAUUCUCA